AUGGCAGGCCCCAACACGUGCCCGGUGGAGGCGUCUCUCCAGGACGCAGACUCGACAGCAGGCCGCAAGAGAGACUUCCCGCAGGAAAGCGAUGACCUUCCGGAGGCGGACUCGCGUUUUCCGCUGUCUCCUUCGGAGCCAGAUGCCAGCUCGCAGCGGCGCACCGCGAACGAGUUAGGCACCCUCCAGGCUGACAGCUCCGCCGCCGCGGCAGCACCGGAGAGCGAGGAAGAGAAGGAGCGCGUUCCUCUCCCUGCGUCGUACGCGUAUUGGGAAGACGUGUAUGAACGGGAGCUCCAUCUUGCAUGCGAGGACCAAGAAGAGGACGAUGAAGACAGCAGCGCAUCGGCCGAAGAACGCAUCGACACAGACAACUCGGAAACUGACGAAGGGGACGGAGAAGAGUGGUUUGCGGCGCAGAGUGAAGCAAUUGCCGACUGGCUCGUCGCUUCACUCGAGGAAGUUUGCAGCGGUACGAAGCUGACGGCCGGCGACCACCCCUCACGUGCUGCGGCCUACGCCAACUUCCCUCGAGCCACGAAUCCUCGAACCGAACGCUCCCUCGCCUCUGACCUCCCCGAACGGGGGGAGAUGCCGAAGACGCACCUCGAAAUACCUAUUCUCGACGUUGGAUGCGGCAACGGCUUGUUUCUUCUCCGUCUCCUUCGCCGCGGCUGCUGCGCUCUCGCCGGCGUCGACUACAGCGCAGCCGCGAUACAGCUGGCGCGCCGCAACGUGGGCAGACUCCUGCUGCGAAAGAAAGGGCAGCGGGGGCGGAGGCAGCGGGCCGUUCGUCGUGGCGACCAAACUGAGACUGAGUCUCCUGAGGAAGGCGGAGAGGCGCCCGAGCCUUGCCUUGACUCCGCCUCAGCUGCUCCGGCGUCUGACGCGUCUCGCAGUCUCCCACACGUUUGCUUAUCCCUCGUCGAUCUGAGGCAGGUGCAGGCGCUGAAGGCGGCCAAAACUUCAUCUGCUGGGGCCAGAGCGCACGAGGCAUCGAGGAGUGAGUGCCUCUUGGGGGCAGGCGCCCGAGGAUGCGCAGGUUGUGGCAGUUCUUCCACCAGCCGUGAGCAACGAAAUGGCGCGGACAGACCCCCUGACGACGGCGUGUCCUCACCGGGCAGACCGGAGGGCUUGUCGGGAGACACUCUGGCGCCGCUCGAGGCGCUGCCACAGUUCUCGGUUAUCCACGACAAAGGCACGUUCGACGUCUUUUACUUGCUGAAAACCCCCGAAGUGUAUGUGCAGAGAAUCGCGCCGCUCCUGCCUGCGGCGGGGCUCCUCUUCCUCACGUCUUGCAACUGCACGCGUGACGAAUUGGAGGGCUUCUUCUGCAGAUCUGAGCAAGGCACUGGCCUCCCUCUCUUCGAAGUUGUCGACCAACUUCGCCACAAAACGUUCAAGUUCGGGGGCGUGGAGGGGCAGGUAGUCACGACACUCCUGCUGGCGCGAAUAGGUACUUGA